UUUUGACUGGAAGCGAUUAUAUGGUUGAAGUGAGAGAUGGCAAUCCUACCAAUUGUCAUGAGAUGUUCUGCAUGACACUAGAUCUAUUCUAUCACUUGGUUGAUGAGUUGAAACAUUAUGGGUACUUGAAGGAAGGGAAGGGGCGUGUUGACGUGCAGGAGGCAGUGGCCAUAUUCUUGUACACUGUUGGCCAUAAUACUCGGAUGCGGCCUGUGGCAAACAGAUUUCAACGUUCCACUGAAACUGUGGAUCGCAAAUUCCGUAGGGUGUUGCAGGCUGUCCACACAUGGGGCCAAUAUUUAAUCAAGCUCGAUCCGAAUGUGGUAGGCCUUCCAGAGCAUUUGCGGAGGAACAAUAAGUAUGACCCUUGGUUUGAGAGAAGCAUAGGAGCUACUGACGGAACACAUGUUAGUUCUCGGCCUUCAGCGAUAAGACUCUAGACUCAUAGGAGUCGCAAG